AUGGUCAACAAGCAGAGGUUUCCCGAAAGCAAUAUGAACCUCCCAUAUCUUCCUACUCCUUCAGCCCGACCUUUUCAUUUGAAGAUUCCGCGAAGGGAAAUCCCCGCAGGGCUUUCCGCAGCAGCCAAGGUCGGAAGGAAUAUUUCAGCGCCGAGGUUCCCAGAGACCAUGAGCACGAUCAAUAUUGCUAGAUUCGACAAUCAUAAGACAUUCAAUUCACAGCCAUCUUAUUCUAUUGAAGAGACAAGGGCUGGGGAUUCUGUAGCACAAGAGCGUCGGGCAAGCGACGGCCAGCAUAAUCGGAGCUGUGGGAAGGACGGAGGGAGUCUGGGGCAGCAGACUUGCCCAAUUGCUGUUCUGGCCACCUUCGUUCCAGCCGAUACCUACAAGUCGAUGAUGGAACAUCAUCCAACAAUACCAGAUGUGAGGAGCAGCACACAUUAUGCACCGCCAGCUACGGAUUGUGGUGCUAUGUUUUGGUACCUGAUACGAGACGAAGGGUGCAGCCCAGAACAUGCAAUCAGCAUAGUCCGCUUUGCAAUUUCUAAUGUCACACCGGCAACACAGAACUUUGCAGCUUCCUUCUCGCAGCUCAGUCACCAAGAGUCUUCCAAUCAUCUCAUGGAAACUUCUUUUACCGAAAGAGCUCGAUAUGUUGACUACUACCCAGACCACGCACUUCGAAAGUACUGGGUAUCACCAAUACUCAAGGCAGGUAUCAGCAAGCCUGAAGAGCGCAGCUGUGCAUAUCUACUCUCUGCAAGUGUCUGUGUUUGUUCCCGAGAAGAGCGCGUGUUGAAUCGCAUUUUCUGCCACUUGUGGGGGAAGCACCCGGGGGUUUCAGCAGCAUUGGAAGACGACGAGUUCAGGAAAAUUAAACGAAAUGUGCUAGGAGAUAACAUAUGCGCAUGCCCUGAGUUUCAUCAGGAGAUCCUGAGAAUAAGUUGA